ACUCCGUCAAUCGUCAUUUAGUGGUGAUCAAAACGUCGAUGUGUGUGGUAGUGAAGUUAACUUUUCUAACAUAACAUUUCACAAAAUAACACUAAUCUACUACUAAAGUACAAUAACGUAUUGACGGUGAUAAUAGAAACAUUCAACGUGUCUAGUUUUCUGAAUAGUAUUCAAAAUGUGUGAUAAUACCAAUCCUUCAACGCAAAGUAUAGCGGACUACUUGGCACAGUUGCUCAAAGACAGGAAGCAACUCGCUGCGUUCCCUAAUGUUUUCAUGCACAUGGAGCGACUUUUAGAUGAAGAAAUCGCAAAAGUGCGCGCGAGUCUGUUCCAAAUAAAUGGGGUGAAGAAAGAGCCCCUCAUUCUGCCGGAGCCAGAGGGAAUGCUCACCACACUGACUGAAAAAGUAUAUGUGCCGGUCAAAGAACACCCAGAUUUCAACUUUGUGGGCAGGAUUCUGGGCCCCAGAGGUAUGACUGCCAAACAGUUGGAGCAGGAGACUGGCUGCAAAAUCAUGGUCAGAGGAAAAGGUUCCAUGAGGGAUAAGAAGAAGGAGGAUGCAAACAGGGGCAAGCCGAAUUGGGAGCAUCUAGCGGAUGAUCUUCACGUAUUGCUCACAGUGGAGGACACUGAGAAUCGGGCCAAAGUGAAGCUCGCCAGGGCUGUUGAGGAGGUGAAGCGUCUGCUCAUCCCUCAAGCCGAUGGCGAAGAUGAAUUGAAGAAACGCCAGUUGAUGGAACUGGCCAUUAUAAAUGGCACGUACCGCGACUCAAGCGCAAAGGGUGUGGUACCUGUCAACGGUCAGUGCGUAUUAACUGACGAGGAGUGGCGUCGCGUUGCCGCGGAGACUCAGAGGCUCCUCGCCCCGACGGGGGGAGUAGGCAGCGUGGCCCUGCGCACCCAGGCGCCCCUCGGUGCGCCCUUGAUCCUCUCCCCGCGCAUGACCACUGGGCCGGGAGCUCAAGCUAGCCUGCUUAACGGUACAGGCGCGGGCGCAGCGGCUGGACUCCUCUCACCGGGCGAGCCGGCGCAUCAGCUGAUCUACGCAUCGCCCUACGCCGAUUACGCCAACUACGCUGCGCUGACAGCCGCCGCCAAUCCGCUCCUGACUGCGGAGUACGCCGCCGCCGACCAUACCGCGUCGAGGUACCUCCUUGCUGGCUUUUGACAUUGGCCGCAUUCGCAGACCUCGAUAAGAUCCGACAGGCUUCAGUCACCGGCCUUCACAACAUAUUUACCGUCCUUGACAGAUCUGUACGCGAAUGCCUUUCUAGAGUCAUAAUAUCGAUUAAUAUAGAAUAAGGUUAAUUAAGGACAAUUUAGUUUUAGUUCCGAAAUUUUGUACCUUAAACGUUAUUUCUUUAUCGUCUGUUAUGUACAGAGUAUAACUUGUUUAAAACAAAGAGUUAUUUAAUAUAUAGCAAAUUUUAAUAUUUACACAGAAUUAAUAUAUGUUUAUUACAAAUGUUUAUAUGGUUUUAUCGAAUCGGGCUUUGGCAGUAUUGUUAGAGGGCUUAGCGUAACGAAGUGUUUUACUGCCCGUAGAUUUAUUAGUUACCGAUACGUUCACAUAAGUUUUAUCGAUUACGAACAACUUUAGUAUGCCCUUGCUUGUAACAAAACUAAUAAAUUAACAAAUAUUCACAUUUAGAGUUGACACUUGCAUGUUUUUUUCCAGUUGUAAAUAACGUCGAGUUUCUAUUAACGGUGAAAUCUCUGAAUGACGAACUUUCAGCGAUUACAAGCAAAAGGGACCAAUUGCGAUUUGAAACAAAUUUAAUUUUUUAACUUGAUUAACAGAACUGAUGACUUACACGAAACCCACAAAACACGAAGUUAGACGAUAUUUAGUUUACAUUUCUCCCCAAUUCUCGAUCGUUUCAUUGAAUAAUUUUAUUAGUGUAAUCGUAUUUAUACACAUACCAUAGGGUUAAGUAUUUUUAGUCUUCUGAAGAUUUACAUUUUAGCUUAGGAACGAGUGAGCUUUAUAAUUUAAUUGACGUCAUUUAAAACAAUUUAAAUUUCAAACCAGCCAUCUGUACCUUAUCGAGGGUCGAAUGCCCAAUUUAUCUUUUUUUUCCAAAGCAAUAAAAUAGGUUGUAAAUGAUAGAGCACGUAGGUUAGUUGAUAGGAUUUCUGCCAAAAUAUAACUUCGAAAUUAUACUUACACACUCUAGUAAAAACUAUGUAGAAAUAAAGUCGGCUCAUGAGAUUAUAUUUUUCACAGCAUUUACUAAUCACCCAGGACUAAAUCCCGAAAAUGUUCAUUCCAGACUGAGACUCCCAGCAAAUAUGUCAUAUUUGUGGUUGUCAAAUCCUGGGUGGUAAUAAAAAAAACAUUGGUUGAUGAAAAUGCUCUGUUCAGACACAGAUGAUAAAUAUCCUGUGCCGCUAGGUGUCGUGCGGAGGGCGGGACGUCUAGCGCAAGUGAGGGAGCACCCUUACCAGCGCACUGCCUUACCCGCGCCUUAAAUUUCCCGCCAAAACUUCUCACGCCGCCAUUUUGUUGAAAAGGUGAGAAGCGCGCACGGAACGCAUGCUUACUAUGAAUAUGCUUGUUAAAUCUGUUAAAUUAAAGAAAAUAAGCUAUGUUUGAUUAAAAAGUGAAUAUAAAUUAAAUGAUUAAGUAUUGUCUGUCAUUCAUAAUCCAAAUUUCGUUAAAUUUGAUAGCUUUGUUCUUUUAUUUAAAAUUGCUUUGUAGGAUUGUCUAGCAAUCAUGUUCGUUAGUAAGAAUGCGUAAGCGCCUUUGCUUAUGGUCUCUCUGUGUCUUAUUUAUUAUGUACUUAUUUUUAAUUAUAGUUAGUUCGUAUAGGUAUUAUGCCCCUCACUACUUCACACUGGAUCUGAAGUGAAUCUGCAUAAUUUUAAACUGUGAUUUUUAUAUUUCAUUUUUAUAGAUUUUUUUUUAAUACGUGUUGCGAUAUCAGUAACAACCGAGAACCGGUAAACGUUACCAAAUGUUGUUUGAUGUCACAACGUGUCUGUAACAGCUAUUGUUAUAUCCGGGUGUUUAGAAAUUUAAGUGUGGGAAGAAGGAAUCGGUGUUAUAAUAUUGAUUCACUCAAUUUCCUGCCAAAUAGUUCUCGAGGUGCUAAGUUCGGGUUGUGAGUCCUUCUUUCCCAAUGACCCCAGUAUUAGUCAAAGGAAUGAGCAUUUAUAUGUGUGCCAUCAAUCCAGUAUUAGACAAUGCACCUCCUUUGACUCGAUAUAAACAUCACAAGUUUUCUUAGUCAAUUAAAAGUUUUUUUUUUAUAGUUGUUUCUAUUUGCCUUAGAUUAUUACUUUCGUAUUUGAAAGAUUUAGUUUAAGAUUAUAUUAUGCACUUGUGUCCUUGUGGAUUAUAAAGGCGUAUUUAGUUUUACUUUUCACGCUUUAUUAUAAAAUCGAAUCGCUAAAUAGAUUUAUGGAGAUUUAUAUUGUAAUAUGUUUCAAUUGUUGAAUGUGAAUAGCAAAUGCAUUUUGAUUGAUAUACGCAAUAAACUGUCUGAAAUUUU